CCGGGGUGGCCGGGUCAGGGGUGGGGCCUACCUGAAAAGAAGCCCCGCCCCUCGCGGAGGAGGGCUGGGCUGUGGUUCUAAAUCUCUGCUUUUGGUCUCGCGGGGCGCGUUUCCAGGCGAAUUUGGGGAAGUGAGAGACGCACCCGGCAGGGCCCAGCUCGUGACCCUGCACCCUGCCGUCACGAGGCCGAUUUUCCCAUGGCGCCGCUGCGCUCGCUGCUCCUCGCCGUGCUGCUGGCCGUUCCGGCCGGGGCGCUGACCUGCUACGGGGACUCGGGGAAGCCUGUGGACUGGUUUGUCGUCUACAAGCUGCCGGGAAAGAGCAGGUCUGGGGACGCGACCGGGAGCGGGCUGCGGUACAAGUACCUGGACGCGGACUCCGGAGGCUGGCGCGAUGGCGUGGCGCCCAUCAACAGCUCGGCGGGGGCUGUGGGUCGCAGCCUGCUGCCACUGUACCGGAGCAACGCCAGCCAGCUCGCCUUCCUGCUGUACAAUGACCAGCCGCCUUUGCCAAACAAGCUUCCCGGCACUGCCAGCCGUGGGCACACAAAGGGGGUGCUGCUCCUGGACCAAGAAGGGGGCUUCUGGUUGAUCCACAGCGUGCCUGGAUUCCCUCCACCUGCCUCCUCUGCGGGGUACAGCUGGCCUCCUAGUGCCCGAGUCUAUGGCCAGACCCUGCUCUGUGUGUCUUUCCCCCUCUCCCAGUUCCUGAUGAUUGGCAAACAACUGACCUACACCUACCCCUUGGUGUAUGACCACAACCUGCAAGGGGACUUUGCCCAGAAAUUCCCUGACCUGGAGGAGGUGGUUGAGGGCCACCAUGUUCAGCGAGGACCCUGGAACAACAGUGUGACCCUCACAUCUCGGGCAGGAGUCACCUUCCAGAGCUUUGCCAAGUUCAGGAACUUUGGAGAUGACCUCUACUCCGGCUGGCUAGCAACAGCCCUUGACAGCAACCUACAAGUCCAAUUCUGGCACAAAUCUGCUGGCAUUCUGCCCUCCAACUGCUCAGGUGGCCAUGAUGUCCUGGAUGUGACCCAGAUAGGCUUCCCUGGGCCAGCUGCGCCAACCUUCAGUUCCACAAAUGACCACUCCAAGUGGUGUGUAGCCCCCAAAGGACCUUGGACCUGUGUGGGAGACAUGAAUCGGAACUUGGGAGAGAAACAGCGGGGUGGGGGCAUACUGUGUGCCCAGCUGCCUGCUCUCUGGAAGGCCUUCCAGCCAUUGGUGAAGGCUUGGGAACCCUGUAAGGACCCUUAGUGGUGCUGUGGUUAAGCGCUCAGCUGCUGCCAGGUUGGUAGUUCAAACCCGCCAACUGCUUGGCAAGAGACAUGGCAGUUGAUGCCUGCAAUGUCCACGCCUGUUAAGCCAUGGAAGCUUCUAGGGCAGUUGUACUCUGACAAGAGGGUUACUGAGAGUCCGAAUGGAUGCACCAAAUGGCAACCGGUUUUGGUUACUGGGAACCCUGAAGGCAGGCAGGUUGAAUUCCAGACUCCCAGUUGUAUGGAUUAUGUGCCCUAAGCUCUCUGUAACUCAAAGCUCUCACCUGCGGAAGCGGCCAUCGUAACACGAGCCGCUCAGGAUUUUUGAGUAGUAAAAGAAAAUGGUUAGA